AUGUGGGGCACCUUUUGGGUGUGGGAUGCUCGUUUAACCUCUGUAUUAAUCUCGUUCCUUAUUUACAUGGGUGCACUGCGUUUUCAAAAGCUUCCUAUCGAACCGGCUCCUAUUUCAAUCCGUGCUGGACCGAUCGAUAUACCAAUAAUCAAGUCUUCAGUCAACUGGUGGAAUACAUCGCAUCAACCUGGGAGCAUUAGCCGAUAUGGUACAUCAAUACAUGUUCCUAUGCCCAUUCCAAUCUUGUCUAACUUUGCUAACUCCCCCUUCUCAACCCGUAUCUUGUUCGUUCUGGAAACACGUCUUCUUAUUCCAUCUUUUCUCGAAUCUCCUUUAACGGAAGAAAUAGAAGCUCAAGAAGGAAUACCAAAACCUAGUUCACUCGCUGAGUCUCUUUGCAUCCAUGGCUGA